AAGCUCACAUUCCGCUACCCGAACGAUGGGGAUGAUUUCCUCGUCUUGUCCUCUCUCUGGUUGCGCGACUCCUGCCCCUGCGAUAUCUGCGUCGACCCCGACUCAGGCCAAAAGAAUUUCUCGACCACCGACUUACCUGACAUCCCGGAAAUCGGGGACGUAAAAGUCUACCAUGAGGGCUCACUCGAAAUCGACUGGAUGGGGGACGGCCCGAGCGGCGGUGGCUGGCACAGGAGCAAGUACCCUGCCGCAGAGGUUCGGGCUUGGCAAGCGGACUCGAAAUGGCAGCGGGGAAGCAUCGGCAGCAACGACCCCAGCAGGAUUCUUUGGAACCGCGCAAGCUACGAGGAACUCCUGGCCAAGGGCCGGUGCCGCGUGAGCUACAGGGACUGGAUGGGCGAGGGCCGGCCCUUUAUGGACGCGCUGAUGGACCUGCGCCAAACGGGCCUGAUCUUCGUGACGGACGUGCCGACGGACGAGAACGAGGUCGUGCAGGUGGCCCACCGGAUCGGUCCCGUGCAGGACACCUUCUAUGGGCGGACGUGGGACGUGCGGAACAAGGCGCGGGCCGAGAACGUCGCCUACACGGACAAGUUCCUGUGCCUGCACCAGGAUCUCAUGUACCACGACCCCGUGCCCGGGCUGCAGCUGCUGCACUGCCUCUCCAACACGUGCGAGGGUGGCGAGUCGCUCUUCAGCAACGCCGUGCGCGCCGCCGACGAGCUCCGCGUGGCCGAGCCUAGCCAGUACGAGGACCUCACCUCCAUCGGGGUGUACUUUGGCUACAACAAGGGCAACAACCACUGCUUCAAGCGGCAGACGACCAUCGUGGCGGACUCGAACGAGCUGCCGCGGGAGACGCGGUGGGCGCCGCCGUUCCAGACGACCUUCCCGGUAGCCUCGGGUGAUCCGACAAGCAACAAGAUGGCCGAGUGGAAGAAAGCCGCUCGCGCAUUCCAAGACAUCGCCGAGUCCGAGGCCAACAUGCUCGAGGUCAAACUCAAGGAGGGCGAGUGCGUUAUCUUUGACAAUCGCCAGAUCCUCCACGGGCGGCGUCAGUUUGCCGCCGGUCAAGGCAGCCGCUGGCUCAAGGGCACCUACGUCUCGCACCAGGACUAUAUCGCC